AUGCUGCAGCUCUUUGCAUACGAAGAUGUUUUGUCGGAUGGGAAGCUAAAUGCUGUGUACGAUAAGGACGAUGGUGCAACUCUGUUGUUCUUUGUCCCACAGCUACUGUCAUUUCUUCUCCAUGGGGCUUACGAGUCAUCAUCGAAUCUGGAGGAAUGGAUAUUGGCCACAUGCAAACGAAACGUGUAUUUUGCACACCGAUGUUAUUGGUUCCUGAGAGCUUGGUCGCUGGAAAGCAAGCACACGACACCUAACCGACUCAGUCAUUCCAGUAGUCUGACUAGUUUUGAAAACCUUGAUGAAGGUAGCAAUAUAGAUUCAUCAAGCAAGUACGUGCCAAAAUUUUUGCCAGAGGAACGUGCCGUGAUUGAAGACUUGUUGCGAAAGGUGAUGACGGCUGGUGAAAAGCCAGCUCGUGCAUUGCACCUGGGAGUCGGAAAGGACAUGGAUGACGAUGAUAUCGAUACGGUUGACCUUGGUACAUCGUCACUCAAUGCCGUAAUGGCGGCUGGGUCGAUUCCUGUUGAUCCAAAUACUGGCGAAUUUUCUUCGAGCCAUUGGGAGGCUAUUGCUGCAAAGCGAAAAUAUGGGUUCAUGCCAUUGGAUCAGACGUUAAGGGCGUCCCAUGCAAUUUCGAAGCACACUGGUGCUCAGAAAUCGUACUUUGAUGCAACCCCAGUAUUUUUGGAUGCUUUGCUGACAAUUGCCGACAACUUGUUUCGAGUACCAAGGGAGCACCGCACUGAUGAAUUUCGUCGACAGUUGAAGCUUCUCGAGUCGGAAGCAUUGCCUUCUAAUUCGAUCUAUCUUCCAUUGCAAGAUUCAAAUCAUCGAGUAUGGAGAAUCGUCGCUGACGAAUCUAUCGCUAUUAGCACAAAGGAACGGGUUCCCUGCAUCAUAUGUAUGGAGGUUGUAGACUACGAGGCAAAGCCCACGAAAAAAAAGACCGAGGUCCUUCACACAGCCUUGCCAGACCUGACUCAUCCUGGCAGUGAGAAAGAGUUGAUUCAUCGAUGGCGUUUUGGCUAUCGGGAUCCCCAUCGACGAGACACCGCUUUGCGAAAGUUUGCUUAUCAGAUGAAGAACUCGAUGCAAAAAAUUCAUUUGAAUCAAAUGAAAGCCUCCGUGAAGAAUAGAAUUGAGAAACUCAAAGACACAAAAAAGGACUUGCAAGGCUUCUUUCCAAUCCAAGUUCCACACUCUUUUGAUGAAGACGAGGAAGAUGUGCGACCUUCAUCACCAGAGCUUCACACCAGAGACCCAUUGCGGAGCACGGAUAUUGAAAGAGGCGAGACGAAAGGGACUGCUACUUCAAAACCAAGGAGUGUAGAGGGUUCCCCGCAAUCAAAGAAAGCCACCAUGGCGAUAAGCCCAACAACACCAGAACACGACAAACCAUUAGCUCCAACGAUGGGGCAAUGGGAAUCACCACAAAUUAGUCGAGUGGUCGACAUGACUCCAAUGUCAAACGAUGCCUUCAUUCCUUUUGACUUACGGGACGCAUCCUAUCAGCAAGAAUACCUAGACAAUGUCAGAAUACAACCAAACUUUGGAUCAAUUGAUUUCAACCAAGCUGCAGAUAUCGAAUCUGGCGCAGACGAAGAAAAAGAUUCAUCUAACAACCCAAAAAGAACACCACCAGUCGUCUUCAAGGAGAAUUGGAAGGAUAAAGAAGAAAGAAUACGAAUGGCUUCAGCCUAUGGAUCUCAUCCAGGUUGGAGAUUACUUCCAAUCCUUGUGAAAGCCAAUGAUGAUCUUCGUCAAGAACAACUUGCUUCCCAACUCAUCUACAAAAUCUCAGCGAUCUUGGCUCGGGAGCAAGUUCCUGUUUGGUUAUGCCCUUACGAGAUUGUCGCUCUAACUGAAGGAGGAGGAUUGAUUGAAGCGAUACCAGAUACCAUAUCAAUAUCUUCAUUGAAGAAAAAUGAUCAUCACUUCACUAGUCUGAAUGGUUUCUUCAACAGCUUCUUCGAGGAUCCAGAUCAAUUGGCUGAUGCUCAAGCAAACUUCUGCGAAAGUCUAGCUGCAUAUUCAAUAGUAUGUUUCCUCCUCCAAAUCAAGGAUCGCCACAACGGAAAUAUCCUUCUGGACAACAAGGGUCAUUUGAUCCACAUUGACUUUGGCUUCUUUUUCCUCUCUUCCCCAGGAAAGAAUACUGGGUUUGAAGGAGCACCUUUCAAGCUGACUCGAGAAUUUGUGGAUGUGAUGGGUGGACCAGAUUCUCGUCUGUUCCGAAUUUUCAGGAUGCUUUGCUACCGAUCGUUUAUUGCGCUGAGGAGACAUUGCAUGGAGAUAAUUCUGUUGGUGGAGAUGUUGAAGAAAGGAAAUGAAAAUUUACCGUGCUUCAGAGGAAGACCUGAUGAUGCUAUAAAGGAACUGAGAGAUAGAUUUAGGUUGGAUUUGAAUGACAGGGCAUGCUUGGAGUAUGUUAAUGCCCUAGUCGACGAAAGUCUAGAGAAUUGGAGGACAAAUUGGUAUGAUCGAUAUCAGCGCUACUGUGUUGGCGUGUUAUAG